UUUUAAAAUUCCUCCUGCGUAGUGUGGACGGGGCUACAGUCAGCUAGCUGCAAGUUAAAUAUUACGAGUGAGAGUCAAUUUGUGUUCAAGUCUUUUUUGUACCAUUAAUUUUUGGGUCUCUUGUUCUGAGGUAAUUUAGUUAUGUGCUUGCGAGUUAGUUCACAGAGUUGAGAUCAAACGCCGCAGAUUUCUUUUGCCGUAAAACGACUGAUUUCGGGAUUGGAUGGAAUAUUUGUAAAGAUCUACUCAGAUAUAAAUAUAAUAAAACAAGAUUGAUAUUCACUUUUCAGUCAAAAUACCUUAAUGUGCGUUUCUUCGUUAGUAUCUUAGUCAAUGGACUGAGGUCCAUCGUUUUGUAUGUUCAGGAAUUUCUGUGCUGCAAACUGGCAAGCUCAACAUGUCGCAAACUUUUCAAGAUUGGAGUUGUGGCAGUGGAUGUUCACCUCCUCUAAAUUGUCGACUGGCUAUUUGUACGAACGUUGCAUUUCCUCAAGCGUUCAGUGGAUCGGCAAAAGUUCAGGUGCACGUGUCAAUAAGCCACGGUGAGGAGUUUUCACGUGUUCACUCGCCUUCUGCAGUGUGGGUUCAGUCCAUUAGCACACGUGGAUUUGAGGUCUGUUCACGUGAAACGGGGACUGGAUCAAAUAAAACUGGAAUUAUUAACUGGCUGGCCUAUCAAAGUCAUCCAAAAAUGAUGUAUGGCAGUGUGAUUUUUCAAGGAAUGUGGACAACAGAAAGCAAAUGUGACAAAGUUACAUUCUCACAGAACUUUGGUGGAAGACCUUCUGUGUUUGUCUCAGCUAAGUACGCUCGUAGUACCAAGCCUGAUGACGCAAUGUAUGUUUGGUUGGAGAACGUGAAUUCUGGAAGUUUCGAAGUUUGCAUCCGGGAAUUCUUGCCAUUUGAUGGAAAACACCAAGACACAAUUGUGGUACGUGAAAUCUUUUUAACGUGUUUUUGUGAUUACGAACAAACAUUAGAGAGUUUGCCACAAUUGCAACCAUUGUCUUCCAGGACCCUUUUUUAUCCUUUGCUGCCUCGUUGUUUUUUGUUUUUUAAAAUUUAUAAUGAUUGGUUUGCUUUACUUGGCGAUGGUUCUAAGUUUAACUUUACGUUGGUAGGAGAAGCGUUUUUUCCCAACGCUGGAAACCCAACAGCUGACGAUAACUAUGGCUUCUGUCAACAAGUGCAGUUCAACACCACCUUUUACGCGUCACCAGUUGUACUUGUGUCUGUUCAUCAUGAUUACGAUCGUAAAGUGAAGAACCACAUUCCACCAGAAUACAACAUAAUAACAACCUGGGUCGAGGAAGUUGGUCUGACAGCCAUGAGGAUUUGCGUCAAAGGCUUGAGUGGAUCAGGAAGUAAACACGACCCUCUGUCUGUCAGCUAUGUUGUAAUUGGAGGUAACACCUGUAAUCUUACUCUGGAUAAAACUAUCAUUGAGCUGUUUUACUGAGAACGGUUCAAUUAUUUACUAAUUCACAAUUAAUUCUUUCAGUUUAUGUGUUCAAAAAUGAUGUUCAGAAGCCGGUUGACAGCCUUUUGAGCGACUGUACCUAGCCUU